CAAAAUUCAUUUCAAAAAUUUGUUAAAAACAUGGCGGACGCGGCCCCAUCCAAUCUCGGCGAUUUAAUAAAAAAAUCCAAAAUUCUCCUAGUUGGAGCUGGUGGUAUUGGAUGCGAGCUUCUAAAGAAUCUUGUUCUUUCAAGCUUUAAUGACAUUCUUGUGAUUGAUCUGGACACCAUAGAUGUUAGCAACCUCAAUCGACAGUUUCUUUUUCAAAAAGAACAUGUAGGGAAGUCUAAAGCUGUGGUAGCGAGGGAAAGUGCCUUGGGAUUCAAUCCAGAUGUCACAAUUAUUGCCAAACAUGACAGUGUUAUGAGUUCUGAAUACAAUGUUAACUUCUUCAAACAAUUCACAAUAGUGAUGAAUGCUUUGGACAAUAGAGCUGCCAGAAGCCAUGUAAACCGAAUGUGUUUAGCUGCCAAUGUCCCUUUAAUUGAAAGUGGUACAGCUGGGUAUUUGGGCCAAGUGACUGUCAUAAAAAAGGGUUUGUCUGAAUGCUAUGACUGCAAUCCCAAAGCCGGCCAAAAGUCAUUUCCUGGAUGUACUAUCCGCAACACCCCUUCAGAGCCAAUUCAUUGCAUUGUGUGGGCAAAGCAUCUCUUUAAUCAACUUUUUGGAGAAGCUGACCCUGAUGAAGAUGUCUCACCAGAUACUGCUGAUCCUGAAGCAGCUGGUGAUGCUGGUUCAGUAGCUUUGGAAAGCAAAUCAGAUGAUGCAGGAAAUGUAACACGUACCUCAACUCGGGCGUGGGCUCAGCAGUCGGAAUAUGAUCCAAGCAAACUGUUCGGGAAAUUUUUCUGUGACGACAUAAAGUAUUUGCUAUCAAUGGAUAAGUUGUGGGCGAAACGAACACCUCCUAACCCUCUGUCAUGGGACCAGCUUUCCGAUGAACCUUUCGGUAACCAGGAAGGAAUCAUAAAAGAUCAACGUGUUUGGAGUCUGUCUGAAUGUGCUGAGGUUAUGGCCGCAUCGGUCAAAACCUUGUAUCAACAAUUCAAGGAUUUAAAAGGGGAAGGAAGUUUUCUUGUCUGGGAUAAAGAUGAUGAAGCUUCAAUGGAUUUUGUUACAGCCUGUGCAAACUUGCGCGCUUGUGUGUUCUCAAUUCCGAGAAAGAGCCGAUUUGACGUUAAAGCAAUGGCCGGAAACAUUAUCCCAGCUAUUGCCACUACGAACGCAGUUAUUGCAGGGCUCAUUGUUUUUGAAGCUUUUAAAAUUCUUGAAGACAAGUGGGAGGAUUGUCGCCAUGUGUACCUUAACAGUAAACCAAAUGCUCUGAACAAAGUUAUUGCCCCGUCUUCACUGGAUAGUGCGAAUCCUAAAUGCUACGUUUGCUCACAUCAACCUGAAGUCACCGUUCUACUGAACGUCACUCAAAUGACUGUACAGUCUUUUGAAGAGAAAGUUCUUCGUGGGGCUUUACACAUGAUCUCCCCUGACGUUAUGGUUGACGACGGGAAAGGAACGGUCCUCAUAUCAUCAGAAGAAGGCGAAACAACAGAAAAUAUGACGAAGCUCCUUUCAGAUUUCAACGUUUCUGAUGGAUCUAGACUUCGUUGUGAAGAUUUCCACCAGGAAUAUGAUUUAAAUAUCACGAUUGCUCAUCGAGAUCAAUUGGAAGACAAUCGUGAGUUUUCGAUUAUUGCCGAUCCAGCCCAACUUCAACCAAAGGCGGCAAUGGAAUCCAGUGGACCACAACCUUCGACCUCGUCUUCUUCCGUCCCUUCUUCAUCCACUCCCAUAACUGAAUCAGUUGACAUGGAUGACGAUUUAGACGUUGUUUUCCAAAAAGGAGUUGAGAAUGAUCAAAGCCCUCAAGAAUCGUCUAACAGAAAACGUUCCAUUGCUGACCAGGCUGAGACUGGCAGCGCCUCAAAAAAGGCUCGGUUGUCCCAAACUGAAAGCGAUAUUAUUGAAUUGUGAGAUGCUGAAGGUCAAACAGUUGAUGGCGGUUAUAACCAAUAUUUAAAGGAAAUAAGUUACAUGUGUCUCGUUAUCUGGCGUAAUUGGUUUUAGUGUAACUAAGAAUGUGCUUUCUCUUUUCCCCACACAAUCAAUUUAGUCAGAUUCUAUAAUCGCUGAAGUAAUUGCGUAUUAAGAGAAUUUGUACUAGUUGAUUUUGGUUUCAAACUGCACAACCUCUUACCGACUAAGAAAUACAUCUCAGUUAACCCAAA